UCGGUGUUAGAGCCCCGCUGCCGGUUGCGCUGCUGCUCUGCUGUUCUUUCGCCGACUCCCCUUACCCCUUCCUGGUGGCAGGAUGGAUGCACGGAUGCGCGCGAAGCGCUACGAGAAGCUCGGCUUUUUGGGGGAGGGGCAGUUUGCCACGGUCUAUAAAGCACGGGAUAAAAACAGAAACCAAAUUGUGGCUAUUAAAAAGGUUAUAAUAAAGGAUCCUAGUAUUGUGUUGACACAGUCUCACAUCAAGGCAUAUAUGUUGAUGACACUUCAAGGAUUAGAAUACUUACACCAGCAUUGGAUUCUGCACAGGGAUCUUAAACCAAAUAAUUUGUUGUUAGAUGAAAAUGGCAUUUUAAAAUUGGCUGACUUUGGCUUGGCAAAGUCUUUUGGAAGCCCAAAUAGAGUUUAUACACCCCAGGUAGUAACAAGGUGGUAUCGAGCCCCAGAACUAUUGUUCGGUGCUAGAAUAUAUGGUGUUGGCGUUGAUAUGUGGGCUGUUGGUUGUAUUUUAGCUGAAUUGCUCCUCAGAGUUCCUUUUUUACCUGGAGGCUCUGAUCUUGACCAGCUGACAAAAAUAUUUGAAGCACUGGGCACUCCAACAGAAGAACAAUGGCCUGGAAUGACAAGUCUUCCAGAUUACGUCAUAUUUAAGUCUUUCCCUGGAACACCCCUUCAACAUAUCUUCAGUGCAGCUGGCGAUGAUCUGCUAAAUCUUCUACAAGGUUUAUUCACAUUUAAUCCUUGUACUAGAGUUACAGCUACUCAGGCAUUAAAACAGAAGUAUUUCAGUAACCGACCAGGACCUACUCCAGGAAAUCAGCUGCCAAGACCUAACUGUCCUGCAGAAGUUAUACAGGAAGAACAAAAUGCAAUCUUAAAUUUAAAAAGGAAAAGACCAGAAGGACUAGAUGAAGGAUUACCAAAAAAAUUGGUUUUUUGAUUGCUGUGGAUGAA